GCUACUGCCAGGGGCUGUGAGUCUGCCGCCAUCGCUGAAAGCAAUGGUAGCUAUGGCGUCUUCAGAAUCCUCGGGCCUUCCGCCUCGAUCUCCGUCCUCAGCCUCUUGUUGUCCGCGACCUACGGGAUGGACCUUUGGCGGCUAUCUUCCCGAACCAACUCUGCUCGUGGUACUGCUACUCUUCUUCUUCGCAUCCUGGUCUCUGCUGCUGCGCUGUCCUACUCCUCGUCUCACCGCGUUAAACAGAUCGAGCUUCCCCCUCUCCAUUCUCGCUGUGAAUGGACAGAGAAGCCCUGCUGAGACGACAGCAGAAGAGGAGAUCUCCCUCUCCUCCUCCUCCUCCUCCUCCUCCUCCUCCUCUUCUUCUUCUUCUUCUUCUUCUUCUUCUUCUUCUUCUUCUUCUUCCUCUUCUUCUUCUUCUUCUUCUUCUGCUGCUGCUGCUGCUGCAGCUGCUGUUGUGUGCAAUAGGAGUCGCUACCCGUCUGAGGCAGAGCUAAGCGACGACCAGUUGACGAUACUUGUCCCCGGUUUCAGUAUAGAACGGAUUGCUGUGCUUCGAAACAACACGCGGAGAAUGUCGAGCUAUCCUUUCGUGAGAGCCAUCUAUGUGCUGUGGCAGAAUAUGGACAUCCCGGUGUCUAGGUUCGAUGAACCGAACGAAAGGUUCGACAGCGAUGGAGCUCCGAUCCGUGUCCUAGGUCAGCGGUCAAACAGCCUGAACAACAGGUUUCUUCCACGAACUUUCAUCGAGACUUCAGUGGUUGUCAUCAUGGAUGAUGACAUGCUGGCGGACAAAUCGAGUAUGGAGUUCGCGCUCAAGGUUUGGCGGGAAAACUCGCAGCGAAUCGUCGGAUACUUCCCGCGCGCUCAUCUGUACCAUCCCGAGAACGGCUCUUGGACGUACUCGCUGAAGGAGCUGAGACAAAAGGGCGAGCGCAAAAAGUACUCCAUGGUCUUGACGAAGACGAUGCUGUUAAGGACCGAGUACUUGUUCGAUUACACGUGUCACAUGCCGAGCGGUGUGAGGAAGAUGAUUGACGAAACUAUGAAUUGCGAGGACAUUGCGAUGAACUUCAUGGUCGCGAAUUACAGCAACACGGCGCCUUUGGCCGUCGUCGGGAGACUCAAGGAUGCGGGUGUUCGAUGGACCAAAGACCAGCGGACCUAUAGAGUAGGGCUAUCAUUGCGAGCGGAUCACUUUGAUUCCCGUAGCCGUUGCCUGAACGAGCUCGCUAAGCUAUGGGGCGGCAUGCCUCUGCGAUACACCUAUAGCAAAGCUGUGCCAGCUUAGCACAUGUGGGGCAAACCCCAAAAA